CUGCAUAUAAUCUAGAGAGAUCAAGGGGUUUCUUGUUGACUAUGAAAACACUGCUCUAAUAUCACAGAGUUGGGCAAGAAUCAAUACUUUUUCUACCGGUUCUCAACUUGGCGUAGCAUAUGGUACAACGAAGCAGCACUUAUAUUAAAGACGUUGUAUAGGAUCGAAGCCAGUCGGAUCAUUGUCUCGUUGAGGUUUAUUCCAGGGACUCAAAGAAGUAUGGACACCCUUAGUAUUCUAUCGUGGAUAUGUAUUGUAACAACGAUCGGAUUCUUUGCCUCGGGCAUACCAGUCUUCAUACCAAUCGUUAAAUCGGGAUCGACUGGUAACGUUCCUUUUCUGCCUUUCCUUCUUGGAUUAAUGAAUGGUAUAGCAUGUCUAUGGUACGGUGUAUUGAAGGAUGACUUCACGAUGAUCGUGGUGAACACUACAGGAGUCGUUUUUCAUAUCUUUUACGUCACAACAUAUUUGUUCUGCGCCAAGGAUAGGGAUAGUGCAAAUCAGAAGACUCUUCUCGGCGGGAUCUUCCUAGCCGGUAUCUACGUCUACUUCAACCACGUCAUCGAAGAAAGAUCCGUGGUCGAGAAUCAGCUUGGGUUAACCACUUGCCUCAUGGUCCUUGCAACCAAUAUUUCACCGUUAGCUGAACUUGGUAACGCCAUUAGAACACGAAACAGUGAAUCUUUUUCUGCGUUUAUGGCGAGCGCUAUGUUUCUGACAUCACUAGCUUGGACAUUUUAUGGCUUGCUUAUAGACGACAUCUAUGUACAGAUACCCAGCGUCCCGGGGAUGGUAUCCGGUAUUACCCAGCUUGCACUGCUCGGCAUUUUUCCGUCACGUGGUCUUGAAAAGCGCGCCAAAGCGGAUUGAUGAGUCGUCUGACAAUCGUCUACACAAUAUCGAAAGAAUUCCAACGACAGCUUUGCCAAAAAGAAAACCCAUCCACUAAUAUCAUAGUGAUAUGUGUAUAUAUUUUGCUAUGUAUCGUCUCGUGUAAAAGGAGAUAAACUCAAGUUGAUGCUUACAAAAUGUUACUAAUUAUCUGAAUCUUAUAUGAUAAAUUAAUGUUACUAGAAGAUUAAAAUGAUGUGUUAUUUAUUCAAAGAAUGUGACCCACGGUUAAUUAUAGCGAAUGAAGUGUUCGAUAACAGAAGUGCGAUAUUCAAAACCGUAAUACCUCCUAAAAAUGAUUUUUCAAAAGGAAAAUAUGUCGUCCUUACAAUAACAGAAGAUCUAGAAUUUUUUUCUCGAAAUGGCUACCUACUCGUUUAGGGACCGUAGCCCGAAAGAAAUGUGGGAAUGUUCAAUCUUCGAGAAACCGUCAUUUUCCUUUCGGGAAUCGAGAUUUUUUUAUGUUGCAACUUUUUGAUAAUUAUCUCAAAUGACGGAAUUCCAAAUAAAAAUAUGUCAAAUUCUCAGUUGACUGUCUAUUUUGCUCGCUCGUGAAAAAAAGAGAGAAAAAAAGAUGCAAAUGUGAUAGGCCUAUUAGGGCAAUUAAGAAAUGUCCACUCUCCAGCUGAAAUUGUGCCCGUACACCUUUAUCCUAAGUAAUUAGUAGCCCCUUGUUAUUAUCAUAAGCAUACAUGUACAUACAACUACCCAUUAUCCAAUGAUGCCAUCGAAAUAAAACUUCGUUUUAUGAAGAA